AUGGAUAUUGAUCCACCUGUGAGGAAGUUUGGGCCUGUUUUGGAUAGGUGGAAAUCAUUCAAACGGAAUUCAAGUAGAGUGAAGAGGAAAAGAGAUAUUGGUGAAGGGGCAUUUGUGACAAAUGAAGAAGUUGGAGUGCAUGACAUUAAUGAGAACUACAAUACAUAUGACUUAGAUUCUGAUGUUGACAGUGAUGAGGGUGUUGGCACAGUUGAUCCCAAAUUUUGUAAGUUCAGACCUGAAGAUAUGAAUAAAGACUUCAAAUUUAAAUUGGGAAUGGAGUUUGGAUCUUUGAAGGAUUUUAAACAAGCUUUAAUAGAGCAUAGUGUUCUUAAUGGAAAAGAAGUAAAGUUUGUUAAAAAUGAUCAGAAGCGAGUGAGGGCAAUUUGUAAGAAGAAAUGUGGUUUUGUAAUCAUGACACUUAUUGGGCGUCAUAAAUGUGGGAGGGUAUUUGGAAACAAAAAUGCAAAUAAGGACUGGAUUGCUCAGGUGAAGAAGACAUAUAGUGUAGGCAUAACACCAUGGAGGGCUGGUAAAGCAAAACAGAUUGCCAUGGACUAUUUGGUUGGGGAUGGUCAGCGACAAUAUGGUCGUUUAUAUGACUAUGUGGCUGAAUUAUUGAGAGUGAAUGGACUAAUGACUGUCUUUGAUAAAAUCUUGAAUGGAGUGAAGCAUCGUUUCUGUUUGCGACACUUAUAUAGCAAUUUCAAGAAGAAAUUUGGUGGUGGUGUAGUGAUCAGAGACUUGAUGAUGGGAGCAGCAAAGGCGAUGUACGAUGCAGGAUGGGAAAAAAAGAUGGGUGAGUUGAGAAACAUCAACCCUAAAGCUUUUAAUUGGUUUGCAACCCUUAGAGAGAAAAUGAAUGCAUAUUCAGGAACUGUGAUGCCUAAACCACAGAAAAGGCUGGACAGGGAAAUAGAAAAAAGUGGGAAUUGGCUUCCUGUAUGGGCAGGGGAUUCUAAGCAUGUUGUGGCAGCCAUUAAUUACAAGGUAGAAAACCCAGAGGAUUAUGUUCAUGCGUAUUACAAAAGGGAUGCCUACCAGACUUCCUAUGGCCCUCAAAUUACCCCAAUCAAUGGACAACAACUUUGGCCAAAAACUAAUCAACCUGAACUACUGCCACCCAUUUACAAAACUCCACCUGGGAGACCCAAAAAGCUAAGAAGAAGGGAAACUGGACAAAUGCAUACAACUGGUAGUGCAGCUAGCAACACUACAGGAACAUCAAACCAAAGCUCCACCAGUAGAACCAGAUCCACACCACGGGUUGCAGCAGCCAUCAACCAAGGAGAAAGAGCACAAACCACCAUAAGGAGAAGAAGAAUGGGAACACGGGUUUUAGGGUCUCAAGCAAGUACUGCAACUUCAGCACAACCCACGUGA